AUGCUCUACACACACGCAACCAUCAUCACCGUAGACCCUUCCCGACGGAUUAUCGAGGAUGGGGCCAUCCACGUCGCGGACGACCUGAUCGUCGACCUGGGUAAGACGGACAUCCUCCGAGCCAAGUAUCUCAUCCCCGGCCUCAUCUCCACACAUAUGCAUACAGCCCAGACGCUGCUCCGGGGCACAGCCGAUGACCUGGAAUUGGUGUCGUGGCUCUGCGAGCGGAUCUGGGUGCUGCAGGGGAACUUUACGGCGGAAGACGGCUAUGCCGCGGCGCGGUUGAGUAUCGGGGAGAUGUUGAAGUCGGGGACGACGUGUUUCUUGGAGAGCAUGUUCGCCGAUCGGUACGGAUUCGAUGGCCUGUGUCGUGCCGUCGAGGAGAGCGGAAUCCGCGGUUGCCUCGGCAAAAUCGUCAUGGAUAUCGCGCGGUACGCACAAGACGAUGCAUGGGCGAUGCACCCCGGCCUCGUGGAAGACCGGCAGACGUCUCUACUGGGCACGCUGAAGAUGUGGGAGAAGUGGAACGGCAAGGCAAAUGACCGCAUCCGCGUGUGUGUCUCCGACAGUCUGUACCGCGAGAUGACCGCCCUGUCCCGGCAGAAGAACAUCCCCAUCACGAUGCACUGCGCCGAGGUCCGCGCCGACCGCGACUUCUUCGCCUCGGUCAAGCACAGCCCUAUGUCCUACUGCGCCUCCGUCGGGCUGCUCUCCCCGUCAACCGUCCUGGUGCACAUGGUCCACCUGGAUGACGCGGAUAUUGCCACGCUGUCGCGUCCGGCACCCACGUCGCGCACUGCCCGACCUCCAACGCCAAGCUGGCGUCGGGGAUCUGCCGCGUGCCGGACCUGCAACGGGCGGGCGUCAAUAUCGGCCUCGGCACGGACGGCGCCCCCUGCAACAACACGUGAGAUGAAACUGGCGGGCAUCAUCCACAAGAGCGUCUCGUACGAUCCGACGGCGGUGCCGGCGGAGAACGUGCUGGAGAUGGCGACCAUCAACGGCGCGCGCGCGCUGGGCCUAGACGACCGCAUUGGCAGUCUGGAGGUGGGCAAAAAGGCGGAUUUUGUGGCGAUUGAUACGCGCAGGAUCCACCUCCAGCCGUGGUUCAACCCGAUCAGCGCGGUGGUCUACACGGCGACGGGCAGGGACGUCGAUUUCGUGGUCGUGGAUGGGCGCAUGCUGGUUCGGAACGGGGAGCUGUUGACCAUGGACGAGGCAGAGAUCGUGCGCGAGGCACAGCAACGUAGUCGGGAGGUGGUGGCUCGGGCUGGCUUGACGGGGCGUGUGCAGGCUGGCUGGCCGGUGGAGUAG